GAGCCUAUCAGCGCUCCAAGUCUCGCGAGAGAUCCCGGCGGCGACCGCUCUCGACCGCCAUCUUGUGUGUGGCGCGCAGGGUCACGGCGUACUGCACAGUCGUGGAUUAUAUAUAUAUACCUCACUGUCCGCCACACUCUAUAUAUACAGACGCUAUGGGAAAGCCAGGACAGUUAUGGGCAGUGUGCUGGAGAAAACAGGUCCCAGCAUGCGGGCAUACACGCCGGCCGCUUGGGGGCGCCCGCGUCCCGCGCUGGGGGUUGUGGGCGGCGGGUCACGUGACUGCGGUGGGACCCGGAAGCGCCUGGUACCAGUCACUGGCUGUUGCAGACUUGCAGUGCUUGUGCUGCUGCUGCGACUGCAUGUCCCUGGGUGUCCCCAGCCCGGAGCCCCCUCCUCCCCAGAGCACCAAACUGUGUUGCAGAGGAGCCUGGUGCGAGAUGCCUCUCUUCUCUAGGAAGCCAAAGCAGAGCGGCGAGGCCAGAAAACGGCUGGAAUAUCAGAUGUAUCUGGCCAAGGAAGCCGGAGCAGAUGAUAUACUGGACAUCUCAAAAUGUGACUUAUCAGAGGCCCCCGAUGCUGCGUUCUCCACCUGUCGGGUCUUGCAGAAGAAGGUGCUGAUUCUUCAUAGUAAUUAUUUAACUCAGCUGGUCCCUAAGUCCUGCCACAUGCUAGACUUGUCCACGUUAAAGGUUCUUGACCUCCAUGACAACCAGAUUACAUCACUUCCUGCUGACAUUGGUCAGCUGACAUCAUUACGGGUCCUAAAUGUAGAACGCAACGUCAUUCGUUCUCUCCCUGACUCCAUAGGGGACUUGGUCCAACUUCAGACCCUUAAUGUUAAAGGAAAUAAGCUGAAGCUGCUUCCGGUGACUGUCGGUGGGCUGCGCUGCCUGCGUACAUUGAACGUCAGCGAAAACAGGCUUACUGAGCUGCCCCCUUCUCUGGCCAAUAUCCGCACAUUAGAGACUCUGUCUCUAAACGCCUCUGCGAUGGUAUAUCCCCCAGCGUCCGUGUGCAGCGAGGGAACAGAGGCCAUUCAGCAGUUCCUGUGCAAAGCUCUCGGCAUUGAGUACUGUCCGCCCUCCCAGUACUUACUGUCUGUCCUGGAAAAUGACGCGUGCGGCGUAACGGAAGACUCUGUGGACGGGGCUCUCCUGACGUCCUUGAGGGAGGAGUCCGAGUGGCAGAACAAGUUUUCCGAAUACGAGAAGAGAAAGGAACAGAAAAUGCAGGAGAAACUGGACUUUGAGCGCCGCCUGGACUUGGGACAGAGAGAACAAGCUCAGCUGCUGCUGCAGAACAACUCUCACAAGGACGAGAUGCUACAGACCGUGCGAGAGGAACAGUCCAGGAUGGAGAAAGGGCUGAAUGAACAUCACCGCCAACUGCAUAGCGACCGCCAGAGGCUUCAAGAACAGCUGAAACAGAUGGAGAAGGGAAUCUCGUACCGUAUCUCCCACCUGCUGGAGGAGAACCGCAGACAGAGGCAGAACUCCUCAAUGCUGAAAUCCCUGGAGGAUGAGCGGAUUAAGAUGGAGCAUCUGAUGGCAAUUACACAGGAGGAGGCGGACAACCUGCGCCGGAAGGAAGUGGCAUCCGCGAUGCAGCAGAUGCUGGCUGAAAGCUACAAGAACAAAUAUCUGCAGAUGGCCUAUGAGUCUCGGCGCCAGGAGAUGGUUUAUCAGACCUGUUCCAGUCUGGCUACUAUGGAUCGCAAGCUUCAGCAAAUCCAGGCAUGGCAGCAGCUGGAUCAGAAUAAAGCCAUCAGCCAGAUUCUGCAGGAGUCGGAAAUCCAGAAAGCUGCCUUCGAGGCCCUGCAGCUGAAGAAAGAUCUCAUGCACCGGCAGAUACGGGAACAGGAAAUGAUCUCGGAGCAGCGCAGGGCACUGAGUGACCUCCUGCAACAGUUGCUGAAGGACAAGAAGCAGAGAGAAGAGGAGCUGUUGGCCGUGUUGCUGGAGAUAGACGCAAAGAGUGAAGCCAAGCAGGAAAACUACUGGUUGAUCCAGUAUCAGCGCCUGCUGAACCAGAAGCCGCUGUCUCUCAGACUCCAGGAGGAAGGGCUGGAAAAGGAGCUGGUGGAUCUUCUCAAGGAGCUUUCAGCAGAGAAGUAUUUGCCGAUAUUUGCUCACCAUAGGUUUUGUCUGGAGAUGUUGGAGAAGAUGGCUCCUGCUGAUCUUAAGAAGAUCGGAGUCGAGGAAAUUGGCCUGCAGAUAGCCAUCAUUCAACGAGCCCAAGAGAUUCUAAGGCUUAGGACGGAACUGCCCAAAUCUUCAGAAAAAAUGAUGCCUCGCGAGUUGGAGCCCAGUUCCCCUGCAGCUAACCAGCCCAGUCCGACCACGCCCACGCUCCCCUUACCGGAUGUGGCUAACAGGAACUCUGAAUGUGUGGUGUGCAUGGAGCAAGAGGCUCAGUCAAUAUUCCUGCCCUGCGGGCAUGUGUGUUGCUGCUCCAACUGCGGAGAUGCCCUCCAAACAUGCCCCUUGUGUCGCAGAGACAUCACGCAACGCAUUCGGAUCUACCACAGCACUUAGGAGAGUGAGAACGCGGCUGCUCAUCGUCCACAUGGGGUAAAAUAAAGGAGCCAGAAUCACUGUUUGGAGAUGGGUCUGCGGAGUGUUAAUCUGUGACUUUCCCUGCUCACUCUGUGGUUAAGUUGCAGAAUAGACUAGCGCUGUGUACAACCGCCUCUGACGCUUAACAGUUUGCAUUCCCUUUGUGCCCCCUGGUGGUCAUACGUGGAAAUACACACAUCACCACCACCUGCAGCAUUGUGAGGCCGUAUAGGUUUAUUAUCUGUAUACUCAUUCUUCCUGACAUGACUUAUUGUGCUGCUGUAUCCAGUGAUGCAGAGUAUCUCAGGUGUGACCAGGAAUUCUCCUCUGGCUCAUUUCUAUACAGGCGGCUGCGUAUAGUGAGGCUGAGUAUAUCCACAGAAGGAAUGGUCAGAGCGAUGAGCUGUUUGCACACAUUUUAUUUCUCAUGUAAAUAUACAUAUAGCAUAGAUUAAUUUAUUGUUGUAUACAUGAUGGGUGUUUCCGUACGCUCAUAGCUGUCUGAAGAUUUCAUAGGCACCUGCUCUUGAUCUGUUCUGGUCCAUUUUCAGCCUGUGACGGGUGGUAUAGCUGGGUACAGUUUAGGUUACAAGGUUGAAGCUCUCUCUGUUUGUGUUGGUGUUCCCCCCAUAUUGAUUAAAUCCCCCCUAGGUAAGACAGCUGUGGAUGGCCAAUACCCUGGACCUCCUCAUCUAUCCCUUUCAUAAUUAACUGAGCCAGGGCAGUUGGACUUUAUUAUUUUUAUUAUCCUUUAUUUAUAUGGCGCCACAAGGGUUCCGCAGCGCCCAAUUACAGAGUACAUAAAUAAUCAAACAGGAAAACAGCAAUUUACAGACUUAAUCCCCUGCUGUAUUGUUCUGUCUGUAUUGUAUUACAGCUGAGAACAAUAGAUGAAACGUAUAUGCUAAUAAGCCUUGGUGCACCAGAGAAGCCUAGAUGAGCGAGGCUCAUUCUGUACUAAUCCUUAUAAUUUACCGCAGAGCUGCAAGCCAAAAAUGAGCAAGGUUUUCCCUUCCGUAAUUACCCGCAUUGUGUGCAGCGAGAGGGUCACUAAAUUGACUCCUCCCUUUAAUUUAUUAUUUAAGUGGAAAGAACCAUUAAAAAAAUGUAAACAUAUUUUUUUUUUUUUAUGUCUGCACUCCCCCCUGCUCAGAAGAUAUCGGCAAAUGUGGGUGAGUCACCCCAUAGUUAGCUGCAUGCUCAAUCCCAGGCGGCUCUCAUUCAUCUCCUCUUCUGUAGGCAGGCUUUGACAGGGACACCACUCCCUCCCCGGGAACUAGUGCAGUAUAGAAUACAGGGGUGACCUUGCUGACAAGGACACCACUCCCUUCCCUCCCCGGGAACUAGUGCAGUAUAGAAUACAGGGGUGACCUCGCUGACAAGGACAC